AUGGCAUGGACGGAGCUGCUUGGGUCCUGGAGUUCAAUUGGUGCAAUUCUCCUGGCCGUUGCUUUGCUCCUUGUAGUGGAAAUUUCUCGCAGGAAGAAGAGGAAGCUGGUCCAGAUCCCCGUCACCCCAGCUGAUGGUUAUGAUCAUCUUCGCCUAGCUGUUCCACCCCGGUGCGGCUUGCGCGUGGUGUGCAUCAGCGAUACGCACAACGCUCAUCGGGACCUGCAACUGCCGGCUGGUGAUGUCUUGAUCCAUGCAGGAGACUUCACGCAGUUUGGAAAGGAGGAGCAUGCGUCGGACUUUAAUGACUGGCUGGGAGAGCAGCCACACAAGAUCAAGCUGGUGGUCUUAGGAAACCAUGAGAACAAUUCCUCCUGGAACUCACGGGCCCCAGAAAUCCUGUCCAAUGCUACGCUUCUGCGGCAAUCAGAGUUUGAAUUACCCGUGUCCGAUGACAAGUCUUUGAAAGUCUUUGGCACCGAUUUCUUCUGGCCAUGCCCCAGUGGGAACCCAUACUUCGAUCAGAUCCCUGAAGACACAGACAUUUUGAUCGCCCAUGGGCCGGCCAAGGGAUGUGCUGAUGGAACGAAAGGCUGUCCAGCUUUGCUGAAGGCAGUGGAAGGCCGCCAUAUGCAGCUAGUGAUCUCCGGACACGUGCACUUCGCCCGUGGUGCAACGUUGAUGCGACACCCAGAUGGCCGUGAAACAGUGCUGGCGAACGCUGCCAAUUGUGGCAGCGGCAAGGACGAACGGAAGCUGAAGCAUGGGCCUUUGGUGAUCGACUUGUGA